UCUUCCCACGGCGCCUGAUGCCUUGGGACUUAGAAUCGAAUCGGCGUCCGCAUGGUCUCGCGACCUAUUGAUGCCGAGUAAUAUUCCAUCGGCAUCUUCCUCCUCACCAUAUAUACCCUCCCUCCGAACCAUUUGGAUCCUCAAGGCCUUGGCUUCUCCUGAUCUACUUUAGCUGCGGCCAUGGCGGGCAUUGUGGUGGUGUUCGACUUCGACAAGACCAUCAUCGACUGCGACAGCGAUAACUGGGUGGUCGAUCGGCUGGGUGUCGCCGACGUUUUUGAGCGGCUUAUUCCGACGAUGCCGUGGAAUUCCCUCAUGGAUCGGAUGAUGAGCGAGCUGCAUGCAGGAGGGAGGUCCAUCGAAGACAUUGCAGCCUGCCUGAGAACAGCUCCUCUGGACCCUCAUGUCGUCGAAGCCAUCAAGACCGCUUACGCUCUUGGGUGUGAUCUGAGGGUGGUGAGCGACGCAAACCAGUUCUUUAUAGACACGAUUCUGAAGCAUCAUGGGUUGCUGGCGUGCUUCAAGGAGAUCAAUACGAACCCUAGUAUUGUGGAUGAGGAGGGGAGGCUGAGGAUCUUCCCCUGCCAUGACUUCACCACCCGUUCUCAUGGCUGCAGCAUCUGCCCCCCCAACAUGUGCAAGGGUAAGAUCAUCGAUCGGAUCCGAGCAUCUGCUUUUGUCGAAGGAAAGAAGAGAUUUAUCUAUCUGGGAGAUGGCCAGGGUGAUUACUGCCCAUCCCUCGGGCUCAGCGAAGAAGACUAUGUGAUGCCAAGGAAACACUACCCCUUGUGGAGUCUCAUAUGCAACAGCCCUCAGCCUCUCAGAGCAGAGGUUCACGAAUGGAGCACUGGCGAGGAGCUCGAGAAAGUCCUCCUCCAGCUCGUCGACAGGUCGAUCGAUGCCGAUCGGAACAGCCCCAGCCAGAUGUUCUCCGUCGACUGCAAGCCCAAGAUGGUUCCAGCUUCCCCCACAGAAACUCUUCCCCUGCCUCUUCGUGUUCCUCACUAGAUGCGACUCAAAUGCGAACAUGGCCAAAGACCUUGUUCGCGUGACCUCUCUAUGUUCAGGCCUUAUAUUUGUCUACCUCCUCUCACCAUUUAACCUGCUAUGUAUCGAUACUCGAUAAUAGUUAAACAGAAUUAGAAACAUUUUGUGUUU